CGAGAGCAGCACAGCUCCCAUGCAACGUGCAUUCGACUCGAAAACUGGAAUUCACAUAGCAUGUUCUUCGCUUGAGCUCAAUUCAGAGGGGCCGAGCUCAUCUCCACCUUCCAAAAAUGAUAGUGAACCAGUUCGGGCCCUGUUUUUGGCGGACACUCAUCUUCUUGGGUUUGUCUAUCAUUUUCCAAUGUCCCGAGACUCUGACAAAACUUGCGAUGAGCCUGAUGAAGCCCCAGAGCAUCUAAAAAGGAUGAAAUUUCGAGAGCGAUGGGAGUGUCUCUCUCGAGAAGCAACAGAAAAGAUAUUUGAUAAACUGGAUCCAAGAGCUGUAUUCUCUGGGCACACACAUCGUGGAUGUCAUGUUGUCCAUGGCGCUUCUCAGGACAUCCAUGAGUAUAUAGUGACAUUUAGCUGGAGAAACAAAGACAACCCCACCUUCCUUUUGGGUAUGAUGACCCCCAACAACUAUUCUAUUUCAAAAUGUCAUAUGCCACGUGAAUCAACUAUCAUCUUCCUGUACAUUGCAAGCCUUGUUGGCUUUGUACUAUGGUUGGUUCGUUGCAUGUACCUUUUCUCAUCUUUUCGUCACCACUCUGUCUGUGUGUGAACUUGCGGCUGUUAAGCUAAAAUUUAAGAACUAUGAGUGUGUUGUCAUGGGAGCCUAUAGAUCCCCAUCAAACCAAUCAGUAAGAAAUUGGAAUGGUUUUUUGGACAGACUGCUUGAAGCUAUUCUACUGGUCAAUCCUAAUGCCACUAAAGUGAUACUAGCUGCGGACUUUAAUGUAAACAUCAGUAGUGAUAGUACGUGGGCUACGGAUCUGGUAACUUUACUCAACGCCUGUAACCUGCCUGUAUUGUUUAGGGAGGCCACUAGGCUUAAUUUAUUAUCAGGUAAAGACUCAUGCAUUGAUAAU